AAUGAAAACAGUGGGGGAGUCUUUGAGUCAGUCCCUGAGGCGCCAGCUAUGAGGAAAUUCGCCCACGUUCCAGGGCCAGGAGAUGUAGGCUCCACCUUAGCCACAGGUCUCCAAAACUCCUCGGAGAUUUCUGCCGGCUUCACCUGAGCCACGAGUCCACUGGGCUCCUCGUAGCAUCCCACCUGUCCUCUAGGUGCUCCGCCAGCCACGGCUACCUCUUCAGAGCCGAAGUGCUGAGAACUCUCUGUGAAUACCGGGGGCACCGGCCGGAAGCGCCCUUCAGGCCCGCCCCCUGCCCACCGGAACCGGAAGUUGGCGACCCAGCCGGUACGUCACCCUCCGCGGGUCGCAGCGCACCAUGCCCCGCGGCCCGUGCAGCCUCGUCAGGGUCUCCGCAACGCCCGUCGCGGUCCUAGCUGUGGCGCUGGUCUCGUCGCUCUCUCGCUGCUCCCUCCUGGAGCCGGAGAACAGUGUGGUUUCCGCGCUCAGCCCCUACUUUGGCACCAAGACUCGCUACGAGGAUGCCAACCCCGGGCUGCUGCCGGACCCCGAAGUUCCGCGGCGGGACCCGGAGUUGUUAGAGGAGACCUGCACCCCGGUGCAACUGGUCGCCCUCAUCCGCCAUGGCACCCGCUACCCGACGACCAAACAGAUCCGCAAGCUGCGGCAGCUGCACGGGCUGCUGCAGGCCCGCGGGGCCGAGGAUGACCGGACUCGCGCUGCCGGCCGCGGCGACCUGGGCGCUGCACUGGCCGACUGGCCGCUGUGGUACGCUGACUGGAUGGACGGGCAGCUGGUGGAGAAGGGGCGGCAGGACAUGCGACAGCUGGCCCUGCGCCUGGCCUCCCUUUUCCCUGCCCUCUUCAGCCGAGAGAACUACGGCCGCCUGCAGCUAGUCACCAGCUCCAAGCACCGCUGCGUGGACAGCGGCGCCGCCUUCCUCCAAGGGCUCUGGCAGCACUACCACCCGGGGUUACCGCCACCCGACGUCUCAGAUAUGGAGUGUGGACCUCCAAGAAUUAAUGAUAAAUUAAUGAGGUUCUUUGAUCAUUGUGAGAAGUUUUUAACUCAAGUGGAAAGGAAUGCUACUGCUCUUUAUCAUGUAGAAGCCUUCAAAACUGGACCAGAAAUGCAGAACAUUUUAAAAAAAGUUGCAGAUAUUUUGCAAGUGCCAGUCAACAACUUAAAUGCAGAUUUAAUUCAGGUAGCUUUUUUCACCUGUUCCUUUGACCUGGCAAUUAAAGGUGUUAAAUCUCCUUGGUGUGAUGUUUUUGACAUAGACGAUGCAAAGGUUUUAGAAUAUUUAAAUGAUCUGAAACAAUAUUGGAAAAGAGGAUAUGGGUAUUCUAUUAACAGUCGAUCCAGCUGCACCCUGUUUCAGGAUAUCUUUCAGCACUUGGACAAAGCAGUUAAACAGAAACAACGUUCUCAACCAGUUUCCUCUCCAGUCAUCCUCCAGUUUGGCCAUGCAGAGACCCUUCUUCCACUGCUUUCUCUCAUGGGCUACUUCAAAGACAAGGAACCCCUAACAGCUUACAAUUACAAGGAGCAAAUGCAUCGGAAGUUCCGAAGUGGUCACAUUGUACCCUAUGCUUCAAACCUGAUAUUUGUGCUUUACCAUUGUAAAAAUGCUAAGACUCCUAAAGAAGAAUUCCGAGUGCAGAUGUUACUGAAUGAAAAAGUGUUACCAUUGGCUCACUCACAAGAAACUGUUUCUUUGUAUGAAGAUCUGAAGAACCACUAUAAGGACAUCCUUCAGAGUUGUCAUACCAGUGAAGAAUGUGAACUACCAAAGGUGAACACAUCUGAUGAGCUAUGAGUAACUGCCAAACAUUUUUAAUUCAUCAGCAAUCUCCAGGGAGUGAGUCCAUGCUUGGAAUAGGUGGGCAGUCCCUGGGUACAGAAAGCUUUAACAUUUCUUGGAUAUUUCUGUUUUUUCAAAGAAAAAUGUUUCUUUUUGAGUCUGGACAUGGAUAUGUAAGAAAUGAUCUUUCACUGAAGCAGCUCUCAUGGGAAAUCUGUUCUGAGAUAACUGGUACUACAUACAUUUACAGAAAUUAAAUUCUUCCUACUUACGUAAGAAAUCUCACACUGAGAUAGAACAUGAUUUCAAAAUGAUACACAGAAGUUUUGGAGUGACAAAAUAUUUUGUCAUUUGGACAAUCCAUAACGCGACUGGACUAAGUCUAGGAACUUUACCAGCUGUGCUGCCAUUUCUUUUUUCCUCAGGUAGCACAGUUCUAGUAUUUUCUUCUUAAUCAGAGCUAUUAUGAUUCACUGGGAGUAUCACUUUGGAAGAAAUUAACAUCUCUAGUUGAGAAUUUGAAACAAUAUUAAGAAACAGUAUGAUUUAAAAGAAUACCUUCACUGAAGGAAGACAAAAGUAUAAUAAAAUGUCUUUGUUAAGACUAUUUAUAAAGUAUUUGAACACAAUUUCAGUAAUUCCCUUUAACCUCUUAUUAAGUCUUGAAAGGCCGUUAUUUAAUUAUUAUCAUACCUGUUUCACAUAUAUAACUGGAAGAACAAAGAGGACCAUUAGCAACAAGACAGAAGAAUAGAAUCAAACUUAAAUCCAUUGCUUUAUGUGUUUUAAAAAAUUGUCACUUUUCUUGUAUUUGUAUAUUUUACUGUUAUGUGAGAUACAGCUUUUGAGGGUUUAAUUUCUUUUUUGUUCUUUAUUUUUGUAAAGACUGACUUCAUACUGGUGGGCUUUCAGUUUCACAUAUGCUGCUGCUUAGUCACUCAGUCGUGUCUGACUCUUUGUGACCUCAUGGACUGUAGCCCACCAGGCUCCUCUGUCCAUGGGAUUCUCCAGGCAAGAAUACUGGAGUGCAUUGCCAUUCCCUUCUCCAGGGAUUUUCCCGACCCAGGGAUUGAACCUGGCUCCUCCUGCAUUACAGGCAGAUUCUUUACCAUCUGAGCCACAAGGGAAGACCUUUCACAGAUAUGAACCCAUUUCAAAGCAAUAGUUGUGAGUUCUAUCAAAUAUCAUAAAAGUAGUUUCUAUAAUAAUAAACAUAAUUCUUAUAACUUUA